AUGCCAUCAACUACAUCCACCACCCCAGCAACAUCGUCUUCCCACCUCCCGUUGGACGGUUUCUCGCGUGUCCGUCACCUUUUCAACCCUUGGGAGGAGCCCCAUCCAGGCAAACGACUACCUCUCACAGUGGCGGAAGAGGCGAGCAGGGACUCUGAGAAGGUUGCGCUCGCUGGUUCACAACACAUCGACGGUGGAUGUAACGGUGGUAUGACCGCAAAGGAACUGAAUCCGUACCGCAACAGUCGGCCCUGGCUGGUACGACGCCCGAUCCGCGUUCGAUCACGAACCCCAGCUCCGCUCAAGAUCACGACCGAGAUCGCCGACGAUGCAAAGCUCGAGUCGAUGCCGCCAGUUCAGAAUGUCGUGGUACCCUCCCCCGCAAUGGCCACUCCUGCCAUCCCUGCCGCCAUACCGGAGGCGGACGGCAAGAAGCCUGAUGCCGAGGCCAUGGCUGUUCCGGCGGCGGCGGCGGCGGCGGCUGCCGCGGAUGUCAAGUCAAGCGAGCUGCCACUGCCGAUGUCCCCACCGAUCGACUGCCAAUUCACCGACUUUUCCAACCUACUUGGCAUCAGCGUACAGUCUCCGCCGGAUGAGGAGGCCGUCCCCGUUGUCCAGAGCGAGAACGGUUCGUACUGCCAUGCUGCGCCUGACGAAGACAUCUACGGCUGGGAUGCCGAGCUCGAGCGGCAGAGCCAACACAGCAGUCCGACCUUGUCAUGCCCGUACGACCAGGACUACCAGUACCGCCGGACUAGCAUGACGAAGCGCAGUCUCCUGCAUCGCGUUUUCAGCAUGGGGAAUGCCCCCAAAGACUUUGACAGCGUUGACAUACGCCGAGCUAGCAGCACCUCCAGCUAG